AGUCCCGGCCGUGGCGCAGCCUUGCGGCGGCGGCAACACGCUCCUCCGGGCGUGGGGAACCGGCGGCUCGCCGAGCCUCCCGCCUGCGCAGGCAGUCUGCCGGCCUGCCCGGGAGGAGGGCCCGCCUAGGGAGGCGGCGAAGCGGUAGCAUCGGAGGAGCCGGCGGCGUCCGCGGCCCAGGGUAGCUACGGCGACUGGGCUCCUUCCCUGCUGCGCUUCUCGGCUGUCGCGCACCUCCCUGUCAGUGUUACCGCCCCCGGCCUGUGACCAAGAUGAGAGUAGUGGCUUUGAUCAGUGGUGGGAAGGAUAGCUGUUAUAAUAUGAUGCAGUGUGUUGCUGCUGGGCAUCAGAUUGUUGCUCUAGCCAAUUUAAGACCUGCUGAAAACACAGGGCAGACUGAUGAAUUGGACAGCUAUAUGUAUCAGACAGUAGGACACCAUGCCAUUGACCUGUAUGCUGAUGCACUGGAUUUGCCACUCUAUCGUGGUUUCAUAAAGGGUACCAGUGUAAAUACUGGAAGAGUGUAUACGGCAUGCCAGGAGGAUGAGGUUGAAGACCUUUACCAUCUCAUGAAACUUGUUAAGGACAAAGAAGGAGUGGAGGGUGUAUCUGUGGGAGCCAUUCUUUCUGACUAUCAGAGAGUUCGAGUUGAAGAUGUGUGCAGAAGGCUUAAUCUUCAGCCUUUAGCUUACCUUUGGCGUUGGAACCAGGAAAUGUUGCUUAAAGAAAUUAUAUUAUCUAACAUUCAAGCCAUAAUCAUAAAAGUGGCAGCUUUUGGUUUGGAUCCAGAUAAGCAUCUAGGAAAAACUCUAGAUCAAAUGGAGCCUCUUCUUUUAGAGCUCUCCGAGAAAUAUGGAGUCCAUGUUUGUGGAGAAGGUGGAGAAUAUGAAACAUUCACUCUGGACUGCCCUUUAUUUAAGAAGAAAAUAGUUGUAGAUUCAGCCAAGGUGAUCGUGCAUUCUGCUGAUGCAUUUGCACCUGUUGGCUACCUUCAUUUUUUAAAAUCACACCUGGAGAAUAAGCAGGAGGAAUCUUCAGGUACUUUUGUGGUCAAUAGCUGUUCUUGUGACAUAAGCUGCACUGAUGACGAUAUUUUCCCUUCAUCAGAAGAUGAUGAACCACAGAAAACCAUUCCAGUCAUCUGGAAGCCUUUGAAACCUAAUUUUUUGGAUUUCACUAAGACAUUUACAAGUUCAGGAAAAUCCCUGAGUGGUUACCAGUGGUUUUCAGGUAUCACUGCCUACUUCCUUCCAUCAAAAGACACAAAUGCUCAAGAUGCAGCACGGGAAGCAUUUUCUUCUCUCAGAGCUAAUAUGACUUCAGAGGGAUUGAAACUGAAGGAUAUUAUUUUGGUUCAUCUGUAUAUGAAGAGCAUGAAACAUUUCAGUGCUAUAAACUCAGUUUAUGAGACAGAAUUUGAUUUGUGUCCACCAGCAAGAGUAUGUGUUGAAAUCCCGUUACCUGAUGGAGUACUGUUUUGCAUUGACUGCCUUGCACAUAAGUACGACAUUGCAACAGAUGAUGUGUUACAUGAUGAAAAGCUGGUCAUGCAUGUACAGAGCAUUUCCCACUGGGCACCUGCUAGCAUAGGACCUUACAGUCAGUCCAUCAAGGUUGGAGAUGUUCUCUACUGUGCUGGACAGAUUGCUCUAGUACCUUGUACGAUGCAGCUUGUUAGUGGUGGCAUACGGACAGAGGCUGUAGUUUCCCUCCGUCAUGUUGAGCGAGUUCUUCAAGCUAUGAGCCAGAAGACUGCACUCCACCACGUCAUCACAGCCAGCUGCUAUGUAACUGACAGCAAGCACAUUCCUAUUGCUCACUCUCUAUGGCAGAAGAAAUUAAGAGAAUGUAAAAAGGAAGAAGAUUCAGAGACGUAUCAUGAUGAAACUGCAGUGUGUGGGUUACUUGCUGUGGUGGUAAUAUCUCACCUGCCCAGAGAUGCUGCCAUUGAAUGGCAUGUUGUUGCAGUAGUUGAUGAUCCACUCCGAAGAAAACAUUUUGCAAUGAAGAUGUUGUCAGAGGGCUUCCACAUUGAGUGUGAAUCUGUGGAGUCUAGUUCUGCAUCUUGUGCAUCAAUCUCUUUACGUCUGAGUUUGAUUUCACCAUCCACUUCUCCCCUUGAUUUAGAUGGACCUCUUCAUGACUUAGUUGCUAUGUUUAAACAAGCUGUUGAGAAACUUUCAGGAGACUGCAGUGCGAGUCCUUUGUCCCUUAGAGCUUUCUUCAAGGAACAUGUCUUUGAUGUGGAAACACUACAAAAAGGACUGCAAGGAUACCUUGAAAAAUAUCUGGAAGAGAAGGCCCCAGCUCUGAUUUUAGUACCUGUGGUGGACUUACCUGGCAAGGAAGUUAUUCAUAUGAUAUGCUGGCUAAGCUAGCAGUUCAAAAGAGAUGAGCUGAUGUCGAAACACACAUACAUUCCAUGCAGGAGAGAACAAAGAAAAGAGUCAAUACCAACUGUGUUGGAUACUUUCAUGAAGCAAUAUUGUUUGAUUUAAGCAAAGUCGUAUUUAGCUUGUUAAUGAUGCCUCAUUAUAUGUGACAGAGUCAGGUUUGUAUGAAGAAUAAAGGUUUCAUUUAAAAAUAAUGUACUUCUUUCUCACUUAUUUUUAAAUAUCUACAGGUAAUAGCAGGUGGCUCUUGGGAGAUGCAGUUGAUCAGAUCACAUCAGCUCUUUUGUUUUGUAUAUUUAGGCCUGGUUACAAUACACUGAUUAUAACUUCAGAUCAUUUGGAUGGAAGUGAAACCAGAAUAUUACCUCCAAUACGGUUUUAAAGACUGGAUUCCUUUCAAUUCUAUGUUGAAUAUACUCACUUCAGGCCAACUCAUGGAAACCUUAUUUGUGGCCAAAUUUUAUCCAUUUUCUAGCACAGUAGAAGAAUUAUUCAGAGGAGUAUUCAGUAUGCAUAUUUUACAGAAACAAAUAAUGGAGAUGAUGGCCAGACAAUAGGAUUUGCCAUCCUGCUUUCUGAGGCAGGGGUAUCUUUAUGCUUUACAUCUGGUAGACAGCUCUUAUUAAAGAGCUACCAAUAUUCAGGAAGCUACCAGUAUUCAGAGCUACCAUUAAAGCAGGGCUUCAGUCUUGUCCAGAAAAUCAACAGGAGUUUUACCACUGCUUUCACUAAAACCGACUCAGACACACAGCUCCUAUCAAUUUCAUUGCCACUGAUAUUUUACUCAUUACAUAAGGUCAAUACAAGAAAGAAAGCCUUUUGCACUGUAGAGAAAUCUUACUUUCAG